UGGAACUGCACCCCACAGGCGCUCGGCGUUCGCUCCGUUCGUCGUUUUUGUUUCCCCUGCCACAGUUUCAAAGGUGAUCGGUGGAAAGCCGCACUGCUAUGAGGACUAAUCGAUAACGGAGUUUUGUUGUGUUUUUUUUUUUGGUCGUAUUUUGUAUUUUGGAGUACAGAGUCACUGAGUGGUACUGUAUUUAUAUUUGUACGCGCCACUCCAGUCGCGGAGGAUUCAAGCAUGUCCCGAGGACCAGAAGAAGUUAAUAAGCUAACCGAAAGUACCUACAAGAAUGUCAUGGACCAGUUUAACCCAGGGCUGCGGAACCUUAUUAACCUUGGAAAAAGCUAUGAGAAAGCUGUUAUGGCUAUGAGCCUGGCUGGGAAGAUGUACUUCGAUGCUGUGUCAAAGAUCGGGGAGAAUGCUGCUAUAUCACCAGUCUCUAGAGAAUUAGGGGUUGUGCUGAUGGAAAUCUCUGAAGUCCAGAGAAAGGUUCAUUUAGAGCUUGAAGAUAACUUUAGACGGUUCCACCGUGAGAUCAUUGCCGAGCUAGACAGGAAGACCGACCUGGAUGUGAAGUACAUGACGGCUACAUUUAAGAGGUAUCAGAUGGAACACAAGAUGAAGCAGGACUCGCUGGACAGGUCCCAGGCCGACCUGAAGAAGCUGAGGAGGAAGAGCCAGGGGAAGAACGCGCUGAAGUACGAGAGCAAGGAGAACGAGUGUCUAGAGACCCUCACACAUCGUCAGAUGGACAUGCAGAAGUUCAUUGCAGAUGGUUGCAAAGAGGCUCUGCUGGAGGAAAAGAGGCGGUUCUGCUUCCUGGUGGACAAACAUUGUGUUUUCUCCUACCAGAUAGCAACCUUCCACGACAAGGCAAAGGACCUCCUAACAGAGAAGCUAUCCAGCUGGCACGACAAAUGCUCUGAUAUUAACAAUGUCCCAGAGAGUGUGAUGUCAAUGAUAGAAGGCCUGAACACGCCAAUAUCCAUCACCCCUCAGGCCUCUCCGGCCAUGAAGCACCACAGCAGGAACAACUCAGAAGCAAUUAUUACACCACCUGCACCCCCUCUGAAGGCUCAAACCAGUCCACUAGUUAACAUGUUCGCAAAAGAAACACCCAAGCCGGAGCACGUGACUGAUCAUAACAGUGAAGAGAGCGGAUUGGCCAGGUCUGUCUCUAUGGCUACGGGGUUGAACAACGUGGGCCGAAGGCCCCGGGUGAAGACUAUCUUCCCCCACAAAUCUGGCAGUAAAGACAACCUACUGAGCUUCGAGGAGGGUGACAUCAUCACCCUGCUCAUCCCUGACGAGAAAGAUGGCUGGCUUUAUGGAGAGCUGGAGAAGACUAGACAGAGAGGCUGGUUUCCAUCCUCCUACUGUUGUCCAUAUGUAGAACCUGUGAUAAAUAACAGUGUUGUUGGGAACCUUCCAGUGCGGAGUAAGAGUGUGGCCAACCUUCUGCAGCAGGACAACGAAGAGAACACGAUGGUGCUGCCUCCACCUGACUACAGAGACUCCUCCGUCAUAAGGAACUCUGCCAAGUCCCUGACAUACACAUACACUCCUCCCUCUGAAAACAAGGUUCCUCAGUCAAACGGAAUUGCAAAGCCUCCUUUUCUAGGGGGAGGGAACCCCUUUGCUACAGUAAAGCUGCGGCCCACAGUCACCAAUGACAGAUCAGCUCCCGUCAUCUGAUCAUCACCACUGCAUGCCAUCAACACACCACCAUCACCACCAUCUUUCAACACACCCUGCAUCAACCAGUAGGCACACAGAGAACCCUCUCAUCUGCAAAUGACUGCAUCACACAAGAACUUUGUAACAGGCCUCAGUGGACAUGGACAUGGAACCUCCGCUAGAGGUGCCAUGCUGAUUUAAACCAGCGUUUUGCUCAUCGUACAUAAUCAUCACAUGAUGGCAAAUGCCACAUUUAUUUAUGUACCUUAUUAAAGCCAAUAUACAUGUUUUUAAUGACUUGCAUCUUUCAAGGUCAGGGACGCUUGGCAGUGCUGCCAAAAGCGAGACCGUUCCAGACACAGACCUAAGGAAGAGCAAUAUUUCUGAUAGGGAACAGCCCUCUUCCAAGAGCAAAUGGCUGUGUAUAUGUGCAUAUUUUGUCCCAGAUGUAAACUCCUAGCUUGGAUCCAGAUCCAGACGUUUGCUUUUAAGAUGGAGGCAUGGCAUGCCGUACAUACCAUGUGUUCAGCUGGAUUGGAUCCCAGAUUGUUUAAAAAACUGAAUUUUCCAUUGCCAUAGAACUGCUAAACGGAGCACGCAUUGAAUUAGCAAAAGAGUCAGUGAUAUAACGUUGCACUUGUAAUUAUGCAGGAGUAUAAAAUAUCACAUUUUUAACCAUCACAGCUAAAGGUACACUAUGAUUAAAGAUUUGUACUUGUUCCAAAGGCUUGAUACGAGUGUUUAGACAAGGUUUUGCUGAUGUCACAUACUAGCAGCAUUUCCAAAUCUUUUUUUUUUUUUUUUUUUUUUUUUUAAUCAGAGGACACAUUUGCCUUAUUGUUACUGAAAAUGGCUUCUCUUUCUGUGAAUGUAUGCAGCUCUCAAGAGUACAUUACAUCUAAGAACCACUCUGACACAGACCUUAUAAUUGCAGUAAUUGCACUUGAUGCAUUUUCAUGCUGUCAACAAAUAUCUUUCACUGCCGCUCCUCCCAUGUCCUGUGGAUUAUUGCUGUAUAAAAAUAAAGUUUUAUUACCAAACUCGAGUUAUUUUAAAAUCUAUUUUACGUAUGUAAAAUAGUCUAGUGCAUAUGCGGUUGGUAGCAUUUGAAGCACAUUGUGGUAUUGUGCUAAGUCUAAAAGGUCAAGUGUUUGGCUCCUGUAAACGUUAGGAAAUUUGUUCAUACACAGUAAAGAAAAGACCAUAAUCAAAUUUGUUCUGUCUAGCAUAACAAACAGAAAAAUAAAUGUGUCUAAUAAAAAAAGCAUGUUCAGUAGCACCUGGUUUGAUAUGAGCAAUCUGCAAGUUGAUUAGUAUAUAAAGAAACAACUAAGACUCAAAAGGUAGCAUUCAUAGAAUUUUAUUUACAUUAUGUCAUAUAAAAAAAUCUGAAUGAUCAUAACAGCGUGCGUAGUGUUCUUAAGCAGAUCAAAUAAACCUAUACUGAAUAUUGAAUUAUCAUCAUCAUUGUGGCAAAGUCAUGAGAUUCUACAGUGAGUGGGGGGGGACACAGAAAACAUUCAUUCUAUACUGAUUGUCUUUCAUUGGGAGAGGUACAGCAAACCCUCCCUCCCCACAAAAAAACAGCACAUAUCCAUUACCUCUGGGUCACACUGACAUUCCUGUCUCAUUUGCUCACACAGGAGAUCAUUUCAGAAUGACUGACCAUCCCGUACUGAUCACUAGUACAGUGCUAAUCACAGUGUGGCUCCUGAGACACAGCAGAGGCCACUCCCACGCCAUUUCCCCAAGCGACAGACAUUUUUAGGUUAGACAAACAUCUCAUGCUUACAAGCACCACUGUAACCGUUACGUUACAGAGGACACAGGCGCUCAGUGUGAAGGUAAUGGUAAAGGAAGCAAAACUGGCAAGCCUGAACAGAGAACAGAGAGGAAGUGGUUUGGUCAUCUAGAAGCAGGAUGUGAUGUAAAUGUGGAAAAGACGUUCAGCCCUGCGAACAAAGCCUACAAGAUCGGUUACGCCGAUUCAAAUCCCUAUACUUGCGAAGCAGCAGGCAGCUUAGAUCCUCAUCUCUUAAUAACAGAGAAUGAAAAUUCCUCAGUAGGAGAAACAGGCCAGAAGUGUGAGGUAAUUACCUCACUCAGACACAUGAGUUUACUCAGGCUGAGUCAUCAUUAGAAGUUGAACUGGUAUGCAAGUUGAACUGGUCUUAAUUGUGGUGGUGUUCUUAUUUUUGCCAAGUCCAUUUAUGGUCUCCAUGCUUUUGCAGCCUAAAGUUCAUAGCCAUCUUAAAGGCACAGGUGAUUGGAUGAGACAGGUGUGGCUUGCAUGCCAAAAAAA